AUGGCCCUCCUCUCUAUCAACGCUGGUGGUGCGAGCGGUGGAUUUCUUUACAGCUCGAGUUUAGCGAAGACGCGGAUCUGCAUCACAGCCGAAACACCGGAUUUUGAUAAUGAGACGAUUCGCCAAUGGCAAGAUGAAGGGUUCGAGGUGAUGUACCUGCCGUAUAACAAUGGAGGGAAAGAGUAUAUCAGCCAGCUGCGCUCUGUCAAGGAGGGAUUAGGAGUAGGAGUCAACUACGCGGUCAUUGCAUUCGGCGAUGCCGCCUCGUUCUGUCUGGAUUUCUACCUCAAGCCCACCAAUGCCAGCCGUCUUAGUGCGUUGAUCUCGUACUAUCCGACUAACAUCCCCGACACGCGAUCUCACUUUCCGCCAUCGGUGCGCUUCCUGACACACUUGGCUGGCGAGACGGUAGACGUGACGACCGUGCCGACGGCGCUCGGCAUUCAAGGGAAGAAGCGUCGCGCAACCCGGCGAAUCACCCCUGGUAUUGGCACGGGCGAACGUCUCAGCAUCGGACACCCGGCUUAUACGUAUGAUAACGUACAGCCAGGCUUCGCCGAGCAUGACCUGGAAGAGUAUGAUCGGCUCGCAGCGGAGCUGGCGUUUACGCGCACACUACAGGUGAUCCGGUCGACGACCGAGAACAAAGAGGAUCCAGAGAAGACAUGGGAGGACCACCUGGAAGCGAAAUUCUUCUCCAUGAACCUCAAGAACACAAUGGAGCCAUACGUAGAUCACCUCACCCCCAACGUCACCUAUACCCCGACCAUGAGCGGUGGCAUCGGCGCACGCGACCUCCGUCGGUUCUACCAACACCAUUUCCUAAACAAGCUCCCGCCCUCCAUGCGCCUGCGUCUUCUGUCCCGUACUAUUGGCGUCGACCGCGUCGUCGACGAGCUCUACGCCUCCUUCGAACACACGCACGAGAUCCCCUGGAUGCUCCCUGGGGUGCCACCGACCAACAAGAAAGUCGAGGUCGUCCUCGUCAGCAUCGUCAGUCUGCGCUCGGGUAAGCUCUACUCGGAGCACGUCUACUGGGACCAGGCCAGCGUGCUUGUGCAGAUCGGACUGCUAGAUCCUAAGCUCGUGCCGCAGGGCGUGCAGGGCAUCGACCGACUCCCGGUGGUCGGCAAGGAGGCCGCGCGGAGGAUCCUGACGGAGAACCCGGAGUCGGAACAGCGCCACUACCAUAACCGGCUGAUCCGGGCCGCGCAUGCGAAGCACCGGCACAAGAAUGCCCAGGCGAAGAGUGAUCUGGUGGACGAGUCGGGGGCGGAGCUACGGAGCGAGGCCGAGCAGUCCGUCAGCACUGUGAAUACGAAAGGGAAGGGGAAAGUUGUGCAGCGGGAGUCGCGGCCGGAGGCGGAGCGGGAGGAGAGUGAUGGAGCGGAAACUGAGACGGAGCAGAACGGGAACGGCCAUGUCAAUGGGAGUGCCAAUGGCCACCCUGAGAAAAGGGGCGCUUCCGUGGAAGAUGAUGACGAGGAGGAGGAGCUAUAA